AUGAUCCGAACCGUGAACGUGUCGCUCGGCGCGCGCGCCAUCCUCGAAGGAAAGGUAGCAAAAAAGAUUAUUUUCGUCGAGUACCAUGUUCUUCAAUCGAACGUCUGGCCUGUUAUCACCACCGCAAGACGUUCCGUCGUUUUGGCCUCUUCCGAUAAAGUCCAAAUCAUUAAACCGAUCAAUGGUGAUCCGUUCAUUGGUAUGCUUGAAACGCCGGUGACUUCAUCGCCGGACGUGGCGAACUUUCUUUCCAAUUUGCCUGCUUAUCGCACCGGCGUAGCCCCUCUCCUGAGAGGAGUUGAAGUUGGCCUCGCUCACGGCUUCUUCCUUACCGGACCUUUCAUCAAGCUUGGCCCGCUUCGCUCGACCGAUGCGGCUGAGUUGGCGGGUUGCCUGUCUGGUGCUGGCCUUGUGCUUAUUUUGACGGCUUGCUUGAGCAUCUAUGGAGCGACUGCGUUCCAAAGGGAGGAAGUGGUUGGCUUGAAAACUUUAAGUGGUAGAGCCAUCGCUAAAGAUCCUUUACAAUCAUCUGACGGCUGGGCCUCUUUCACUUCUGGCUGGCUUGUCGGAGGUUUGUCUGGCGUCGCCUGGUCGUAUGUUUUGACUCAAGUGUUACCGUACUACUCGUGA